GCGCGUAUUUAGCGCACAUGUAUAAACAUUCAUACAAAAAUCAUUCUUUCUAUCUUCCCAUCUUUCCACCUUCUAUAUUUAUAUCGACACAUACCUUUGCAUUGGUGGCGCUGUCUGCACUAACAGCCACCACACACGACUUCACAGCCAAAGAUCGACGCCCCGACGAGGCCCCGACUCCACCCCAGACGCGCAACUCUUACCGUCGUCCUACCGUCCCGGUACUAGAUUUCUACGAAUCCAUUUGACCCAUCUACAACUCCACUUCCAAGCCUCAUUCUUCACGGCUUGUUCUGUUAUUUUGUCCCUUUAUCAACACUCUCUCUUAUACCCCGUUCUGUUCUUGUUUGUGAACGACUUCAUGACCUGCAAUCUAUCUCAUUUACCCUCUUAUUAUCAACAGCCUGUCGCUUAUCCAACGCGCGCAUCCGAACCAUUCACCCCCUUACGAAACGAUUCACAUCGAGAGACACAAGAGGGUCCAAUACACCAUCAAGGCGACACGUCCUCCAUAUCAUUGCCGCUGUCGCCCUAGAGGCUGAGGCAGGGCCAUAAUGGCGUACAACAACUCACAGCCAUAUCACAGCGGCGGGGCGCAAAACCAACAACCCUAUUACAGCAGCUACGACGACAACCGCGAACUCCCAAGACUACCCUCAUAUUCACCGCAGCCAGGCCAACCCAUAGUACCACAGCCCUCAAGUUCACCCUUCGUCGGCCCCUUCGACGACCACGUAUACCCUGCGAGCCACAAGGGAAGCAACGCAAGCCUGGCGGGGAACUCGCCAUACUACGGGCAAGGAGAGGCUACCCCAGGAACCUCCAACGACUUCAUACCCCUACAAGACCAACAGAGGCAAAAGACCCUACCAAUGCGCCACCAAUAUCCCUCGCAAGACCAUAUAUACGAUGCGGGACCCCCAGAGGACCCCCCGAAGCCGAGACGCAGAGGGUUGGGCAUGUUCAAGGGCGAGCCGGGUGUGAGGACGGCGUGGGUGGUCUGGUUCUUUACCACCAUCCAGAUUGCCGUCUUCAUUGCUGAGCUUGUCAAAUCUGGCCAGCUUACCGGCCUCCCGAUCCAAGUCAAGCCGACGUUCAACCCCAUGAUCGGCCCCUCCCCCUACGUCCUCAUCAGCAUGGGCACCCGCUACACGCCGUGCAUGCGCCGCAUGGACGCGAUCCAGAACACCACCGAGAUUACCUGGCCCUGUCCCUACUCCACCUCGACCGACCCCGACGCUGCCGAAAACGCCUGCACGCUUUCCCAGGCAUGCGGCUUCUACGGUGUUCCCGAGCCAGCCUACGAAAAGGGCCAGGCCGCGCCCAACCAGUGGUUCCGCUUCAUCACCCCGAUGUUCCUGCACGCGGGUCUUAUCCAUAUCGGUUUCAACCUUCUCCUCCAGGUCACCAUCGGCCGCGAGAUGGAGCAGUCCAUUGGCCCUAUCCGCUUCGCCCUCGUGUACCUCUCCUCGGGGAUCUUCGGCUUUGUCCUCGGUGGUAAUUUUGCUGCAUCGGGAAUAUCCUCCACCGGUGCUUCCGGCUCCCUCUUUGGCAUCAUCGCCCUCAUGCUCCUGGAGCUCCUCUACACGUGGUCCGAGCGCCCCAACCCCUGGAGAGAUCUUGCCUUCGUCGCCCUCGACAUCAUCAUCUCAUUCGUUCUCGGUCUCCUUCCCGGCCUGGACAACUUCUCCCACAUUGGUGGUUUCCUGAUGGGCCUCGCCAUUGGCAUCUGCAUCCUUCAUUCCCCUACUUCACUGAGCCGCAAGAUUGGCGCCGACGAGCCGCCGUACGAGACUGUUGGCAAGCGCGGGACCGGACCUAGUGAGGUGUCCCGCUUUGUGAAGGCACCGCUUGGGUUCUUUAAGGCGCGCAAGCCGUUGUGGUGGGUGUGGUGGCUUAUUCGCGCUGCGGCGCUGAUCCUCAUCCUGGUGCUGUUCAUUGUGCUCCUUAACAACUUCUAUAAAUACCAGAAGGAGUGCUCGUGGUGCAAGUACCUGAGUUGUCUGCCCGUGAAGGAUUGGUGCGAACAGGGCGAUCUUAAUUUCCAGAGUAAGGCAGGCUGAACCGUCGACAUCAUUGUCGAGGUCGAUGCCGACGGCGACGCCUUGAUGGUGUCGCGGUAAUUCGCAUGGCUACGGUGCAUCCUUAUGUAGGCAGCGCGCGAUUUGGCGAUUGCUUAUGGGGAUUUGGGACGGGGUGUCACCUUCCUACCAUAUUACAUAGCUUCGGAGAGGACGAAAAAGCAUAGGGACGGCGUUGCGUUGCCAGGCUUUCCGAGCACAUGGCUAAAUUAAUCCCAUACCAUGGUGGCAUUUCGCUUCUCAUGUAGUGUACAGCUAAGCAGACAGGAGUCGAUAGACUCUCAAGUGGAGAAAGGCAGACCGGUGGGGAAUAAACUGCUCCUCACGAAACAACGUUAAUUUUUGUACUGUAUCUCCAUGAUCUUGCCCGUCCC